GCGGAGCCAUGGACGUCACCAACGUGGGCUGCUGGGCACCGCGCUCCUCCCGCAGGCGCCCCACCAUCUCCUUCCGUCGGCGCCGCACCGCGACCUUCUCGCUAGCUAUUCUCCUCUCCGGGCUCCGGCGCAACACCCCUACCCAGCCCCAACCUCCUUCGCCUCGCCAUCCACCUCCUCCACCUCGAUCCAGGCCGAUGGUGGAACCAGGCAAGCAAAUAUGGCUGGCAGCGACGGUGACAAUUUUGUACCACAAAUUAAGGAACCUGCAGGACAAAAGAAGAAGAAGCCACCCAAGAAGGCAAGUGCACCGGUGAAAGAUGAAGAGGAAGAAGUGGCUGAUCCGAAAGGCCGCUUGGCUGCUUAUAAUCUUGGGGAUUCCUCUCCAGAACAUAGUGCCAGGGAAAUAGGAAAACAACGAAAAGGAAAGAAAGGGAGGAACGGACCAAACAAAAAAGGCGCAACAAAGAAGGGCAUGUCAUCCUUAGCUAAGAUUUCCAAUGAAGAGAUAGCAGAGCCACAUCAUGAGAGCGAGGAUGGGGGUCUUCCAUGCAAGUUAAGAAAAAAACUAAAGGAAGAAAGCCUGUUGCCGAAAAGCCGAAGACGACUGCCAUCAAAAAGAGGGCACCAGCUCAAAGCAAAGGCAUGAGGCAGAAAUGAUGGAAGAAAUAUUCAAGCCUACUAAUGACAACAAUCUCGGUGUCCUUCUAGUGAGAAGAAGGCGCAGAGGAUCAGGGCCUCUCCUUUCAAAAAGAAAAGCGGCUCGUUUUUGCAGAGUGGUGAGUGCUUCAACAGGGACAAAAAGAUGUCGAGGCUCCUCCCUCCAGCAGUUUUGCUGAGAUAGUUCCACCGAGAAGGACAACAAGGGAAGAGGAAGGCAAAGUAGUCUACAUCGCUUUCGCGGGCGAAGAUGAUGAGUCCGAGGUAGAUAUAUAAAGUGUGGUGCAACUAACUCUGUGAUGUUACUUGACCCUGAGUUUUAGAUCUAAUUGCUGACGAAUAGAUGAAAUACUAAAAUGAAAUGUUGUAAAGUGUGGUGCAACUAAUUUUGUGAUGUUACUGGACCUUGAGUUUUAGAUCUAAUUGCUGACGAAUAGAUGAAAUAGUAAAAUGAAAUGUCCUAUUUUCCAGUUUUGUAAAACUUUGAGAAUACCAGUUCCACAUUAAUGUUGAUUUGAA